GCUGCCGAGCGCUGCGGUGAUGGUGGCCGCUGGAGACGGGCUGCCGGGCGGGGCGCGGGUCGCAGCCGCCACGGCCCUGCUGCUGGUCACAGCGGUUUCAGUUGAAGCAGCCAAAGUCAACUCCAUCACACCGAGACAUGUCGGCUUCGGCGGAGGAGAGAUCGCGAUUCUCGGCUCAGAUUUUGCCGAGGACCAGUACUCCCAGUUCCAGCCGGAGCUGGGCAACAUCGUCAACUUCGUCAACGACUGGGACACAGUGCCCUGCAAGGUGAACGUCUACAAGACCAGUCGCUCACGCAUCGUCUGCACCGUCGGCCCGGUUCGCUCCGACCGUGGCCUGGGAAACUGGUACGGCCUGCAUCUGACCGUGGACGGACAGCGCGUCAACACAGGAUGGAGCAUAGUGUACCACGACCACUACACGCCUCGUGUGGAGUCGGUGGAGCCGGCGGCCGGCCCGCCCGGCUCGCUGGUCACUCUGAGGGGCAGGUUCUUCACGGACCGCUACUCCAUUGACACGAGAACGGCCAGCGACCUGGCGCCCAGUGACGUCAGCAUUGCCUGGAUCCGCGUGGGCCGGGAGGACUGCGACCCCGUGUAUCCGUCCACGGGCGAGCUGUACGGCCUCACCAGUGAUACGAUCACCUGCCGCACCUCCGCCGCGUUCGCCGGCCCGCUGUCGGCACAGGUCAUGGUGACCGGUCGCGGCCUCUCGGUGGUCAAGAACAACAAACGCCUGGUCUCCUCGCAGAACACGAUCUACGACUUCCUAGCUGUUCCACGUAGGUGACAUUCAUACUGGGCUGUACAUUUGGACAAUCACAGCAUGCUCUUAUCCAUGAUUUAUAAAGCCAUUCAUGUCUUAUGGUUUGUUUACGUAUUCGUAUUGCUUGUCAAGUUUGCUCGUAACAUAACAAUGCAUUUCGCUUUACUGUCAAAACUGAUGUCGAUAAAAUUGAACGGAACUGAAGCAUCCUGUGAAGUUCAAUAAAGAUUUCAGACCCGGUG